AAGCCAUUCAGUGUUGCAAAAUGUCGCAAGACGUGCACGUGCAUCGUUGGUCGGCGUGAAAUGUAAACAAACAAAGCCAGGCUAGUAAAUAAGUGUUUUCGUAGAAAUGCCAAGGAAACCGGAAAGCAGCGACUCGGAUUCGGAGGAUGACGCACAGAUGCGUCAGUUCCUGGAGGCGGCGGAUACCACCCUGCUCACAAAUGCCAUGUUCCAAAAUUCCAAAGAGGAGCGACCGAUGGCCAACGAGAUAUCCAAACAGGAUAGGCCUCCGGCCAAAAGCGAACGGUACGUGGAGGACCAGGAAGCUCCCGCCAGCGAUCUCCAGAUCACGCAGGAGAUGCAGACACACAUCUGGAGCCGGCUCAGUGGCAUAAUCCGGGAGCAAAUCGAGUGGUCCCUGGACAAACCCAAUUGCGAAGGAAAACAGAAACCCCCACCCGACAAAGUAAGGCUAAUGUCCAAUGCUGAUUGCUAUUUAAUCGCUGACUUGGUGGUGGAAGGUCCUCCGGGUCCUAAAAAGAAACCCAGCAUCAAGAGAAGGACCCCCAAAGAAGACCAAUCCUCGCCAGAAGCCCAAGGAUCUGUGGCAGUCAGUGGUGCAUCUAUUCUAGAAGGCAAGGACCUGCUCGCCUGGGCUCAGAAAAAGCCGCGGCACGACAAGGUCUUCCAGUACCGAGCCAGCGAUCCAAAGGCCACAAAACUCCAGGCCAUUGAACCCACCAACGAGUUCACCAAGCGUAGGCGACAGAAUAAUUGGAACGAGUCCAAGAUUAGCAGAAAGAAAGCAAAUAAAUGAAUACAAAAUAGUA